AUGGUGUUAAUGAUUGCGGGUUCGAGUGACGGGGAUAGAGGACGUAGGACACCGUAUGUGAUUGUUCGUUGUCAGCGUGGGGGCCAUUAUGUUGGCAAGAAGGUACCAGGUGAAGAUGAUCAAAGACCGGGAAAAAGGAGCACCGGUUCAAAGAAAUGCAAUUGUCCGUUUAAAUUGAAGGGGACAAGAGAACACAAGGAUGAUGAAAAGGCUGAGUGGAAAUUGGAUGUUCAUAGUGGUAUUCACAACCACAACUUAUUCGAAAACUUGCACGGACACUCAUAUGCUGGAAGAUUAUCAAAGGAGGAUGUUUCCUUUGUUCACACUAUGAAGAAAGCAAUGGUGAAACCAAGGGCAAUUCUAAGAGCAUUGAAGCAAAAGGACCCGUCUAAUGUAACUGGUAUGAAGACAGUUUACAAUACUAUCUCUAAGUUAAAUUUCAGUGAAUUGGAUGGGAGAUCUCAAUUGCAAUCAUUGUUCGUCAAGUUGAAAGAAGAUGAAUACCUCUCGUACCAUAGAUCGAACGAGUUGAAUGUGAUUACCGACUUGUUUUGGAUCCACCCGAAAUGCAUUAAGUUGGCACAGUCGUAUCCGUACGUAUUCGUCAUCGAUUGCACGUACAAGACCAAUCGUUACGGACUCCCAUUUCUUGAGAUUGUGGGUUUUACUUGUACCAACAAGACGUUCUCAAUUGCCUUUGCAUACUUGGACCACGAAAAGACGGAAAAUUUUGAAUGGGCGUUGCGUUGUUUGAAGGAGGCCAUGACCAGUUGUCCUCGGCCUAAUUGCAUUGUAACAGAUCGAGAUUUGGGUUUAAUGAAAGCAGUGGCCAAUGUGUAUCCAUUGAGUCAUCACUUGCUGUGUCGGUAG